CACCCUUUCCACCCGCCUGCCCUCGCCGCCCGGCCGGUCUCUGGGGUCAGCGCCAGGUCCACAGGUCCGGCCCCUCGCUCCGCUCCCCGAAAGCAACCGUCGAGGAGUGUCCAGUGAUGGCAGACCAGUGCCUGGUACCACACUAUGAGGCUUGCCAGACCCUGGGUGAAGACAAGUGCCCAACAGUCCAAGUCUCAGAGCCAGAGCUCCAGGAGGAACGACUCAAGCUGAAGGAAGAGAGGCUCAAGCCAGAGGUGGAGUCACUAGAGGAGAGAGGCCCUCCCAGGCCUAUGGCCUCCAUUGUGAGGCCCAGUCCUGGUCCGAAGAGGAAGCCAGUCAACCUCCCAGGGCCUAGCCACCAAGUCCAUCCCAAAGCUGAAGCUGAGAUGCCACAGGGGCUGCCACCGCAGAGGGAGGAGCCAGAGGGUAGCCAGACUGAGCCCUCACCAUCUGCCAAACAGCACAAAAAAGCCAAGAAGCGCAAGAGUCUGGGAGCUCCAGUGCUCCCAGGUGUGGCCAGCACAGUGUCUGCACCUCCAGAGACCUUGGGGCUGGAGCGAAAGGCCCAGCGCCUGCGGCCCCUGUACCAGUACAUCAACUAUUGUAAUCCUGAGCUGAAUCAGGCAGGGGAGGGGGACAGGGAGGCUAAGGUGGACGUGGAGCCUGAGUUGGAGUUGGCCCUGGUCCCCGAGGAGGCAGGUGUGGAGCAACUGCAGGCUUUGCUGCCCGUGACAGUACAAGUGACUUUCCCGCCUCCACUGGAGUCUCCCCUUCUCCCAAGCCCAAACCAGAGUAGCAGCCUAGGCCUCAGGAGGAAGGGAAAAUUUGGCCCUUCUCCCUACUUGGGGCCUUGGACUUACUGAAAAUAAACAUUUUUCCUUUUCUCAGACUU